AUGCUUGGAGUGUCUGGCAAGACGCAGGCUUAUAAAAUAUUUCCGCCUCUCUUGUUCCCAGGUCUGCAAGAAAACGUGACCCUGAAGACUGUUUUCGGCAAUUGGAUACUUUUUGCUAAGAUUCUGAGAGCCUCGCUACACGGCGUCACCUCGCUUCAUCAAGAACCUUGCGGUGGAUCAAAGACUAAUGCUCAGAAGUGGAACUUUCAACAAGUCACGCCAGGAUCUAUCGCCUGGGCGGCAGUUAUGGCGAUCUUUCUACUCUCACCUGACACGGAGUUUCCAGGUUCAGGAGUGGGGAAAUUGUCAACCAUUAACUACAGAGACCUGUUCUUUCAAUACAAGAAGCUGCUCGUUAUGAAGUGGGACACGAGACACAUCAAGAACAUCAUGACCAGUAUCGACAACCACAUUUUUGGCGCUGCGAAAUUGUCUACCUUUCAUCUCGCCGGUGGUGAAGACUUUUCAGAAGAAAUCAAUCGAGCGAUGCUUGCACUCAACAUGUCGUCAGACAGCGAAGCAGACGAGGCUCCACCGGCCUCAUCAGCAAUCUCAGCGGUCUCAUCAGCAGCACCUGACGGUCAAAUCAUCAUCCAGCAUGAAGAACAAGGAUCCGUAUCUCAAGCUGCUGCUCGUACUAAUGUCGAAGUGGUAGCUGGCAAUGUAGAUGACUUAGAAGCCUGUGAUGUCGGUUCAGAUAUAGGCAGGGGUCGAGGGAAGGCAAAGACAACCAACAGGGGGAAGAGGCCAAUAGCUGAGGGCACUCAUCAUGGUCAUUCCCGUAAAACGUAG